AUGAAUCCCCAAGACAAAAGAAUGGAUAAGAACAAGUCGAUCGUGUUUUCCCCAGCGGCCGACAACAUUUUGAACAAGCAGCGUGCUCUAAGGUGGGAUCAAUAUAUUAUUAAUAGUUCGAUAUAUCUUUCAGGAAGAAGUCCUUGAUACCGCCACUACCGACGGAUGGACAUUUUCUCAGUCCGAUCAAUCCGGAUAGCGAAUCGUUGAGCUUCACCGACCAUUACAACUCCAUGUUUCUUAGAUUUUCUUUUCUUUAAAAGGAUAAACUGAUUUUAGGUGUUUUCCAAAUCUGAAGCUGCCUCGUUAUCAACCAAUGACCACGAAAAUUUCUCGACCUGGAGGCGAAGAAUGUAGUCUUGAGGUUUCGGCUGAAACCAUCCUGUAUGUUUUUUAAUAAUGAAUUUUUUGUCUUGAAUCAUGAAAUAUCGAUUUUUCUCAGGCAAAUGCUGGAAAUCGGGAGAACAGAAGACGCGACGGCCGCCGCCGACGUUUUGUAUUCACAAUUUUUGUCGAAAGAGGAAUUCGAUAUGAUCGCUUUUGUUCAUUAUAUAAAGGUUAGUGGGAAUCAAAAUCGAUGUAAUAAAGGUCCUGAGACGAAAAGCUUCAAACAGUGUUAUUUCAGUUCAUGCAAAGCUUACUUUUUAUUCGUUUCAUGAGUAUUUAACCCUUUUUUUCAGUUUUUCUGUAAUAUUUCACUAUUUGAUGACCAGGUUCAUGAUUUCUUAUGUCGAGAGGUUGAAACAGGAGUUUAAAAAAAUAUCCGUAAGAAAAAAAUUCACGAAGGUCUCGAAGGGAAAAAGUCUUUUUUUCGAUUUUUAGGUUCUAAAAGACUUCCCCGCUUCAAAAAUCCUAGAAAAGUAUUUUUUUAAUAAUUCUUAAAAUGUUUGAACGAUGGCUCUCCACGAAACAAAAAAACCUUUGAAACUGAGAAAAUCCGGAAUUUCCCAGGUCUUGACAGUUUUACGGCAAUGGCGACGGAUAAACUACCUGAUCGAAAGACGGGAUCUGCACAAAAUCCACGCCGUAUUCGCCUAUUACGCCGUAAAUGCCCUUUUCCAAAGGAAACUCUACGAAGAAGUCGUCGAGCUGCCCGUCGCUCAUUUGGUCCAUUUUUGUCACAGAAAUCAAGAACGAAACUUGAUUUUCCAGAUCCCAAAAGACACUUCAAUGCUCUUGCCUUUGAGGUCCCCUUCCAAUGCUUCUGGGAGGAACGUCGAAGAAGAAAGGACCAAUUAUUCCUUCCAGCAAAUGACGGCUCUAGAUCAUUUCGGAAGGAGCAUGAGGGUCAGAUUGUAGUUUUUGAAAGUACUUGCUAUGAUUUCAAAGGAGCGUGGUACUUUUUUUUGUGAAUUUGGAGCCUUUCUUUAGCGAUUUUAAAACAAAUUUUCGUUUCAAAAGACUUGAGAAUAACUUUUUUUUUUAAACAAAAUGGAAUAACUAUUUUAAAAUGUUCAUUGCGUUUUCAAAUGCUUCAUAAGCACGCGUUCUGACGGAAAAUUAUGCUAAAAUGUAAUCUGAAAUAUUUUUUUCAAAAGAAGAGUAAAAAAAUGAGAAGGGCUGAAAAUAAAAUCCGUGGAAGUCUUCGGAGCAUGGAAAAGAUUUUGUAAUGGUCUUGAAACGAAAAAGUUUUUCAAUGUUUUAGGACAACUUGCCGUUUCAAAUAAUCUGAAAAUGGCUUUUUUGAGCAUAAUAUACAGUCCCAAAAGGUUGAAAAAAAAAAGUGUUUUCAAUCAAAUCAAAUCAUUUAUUUUGUUGUUUCAGUCUGAUGUAAUCGACUAGGCGGUGAACAAGAACUUUGAAAGCUUUAACGAACAACCGCCUUUGGCGAGCUAGAAGUCCAAACGUGUAGUCGAAAGAGUUGAAAGCAUGAUCUUACGGUCCUUCGCCUCGUCCUUCUGCGCGUAGACCGUCCAGUUGCGCCUUGACGAGCUCAGAAUGUAGCAGAUCUUGUGCUGGAGCCCGGAGACCGUGCUCUAGGUGGAAGCCUCAGAAUGAGAGCGACCACUUCGAGUGAAGAUUUUACACGGAAUUUUCAAACAAAAAUUCAAAAAAAUUUACGCUAAAAUGCGUUUUUUUCAAGAGAACAUUCACAUUCUUAAAAUUAAUAAUAACAAUUUAUCGAAAAAAACUUCAAUUCCUUGAAUUUUUGACGGUUGAAGGGCCAAUUUUAUAUUAAUAAUUGAGUUUUUUUCUGCUUUGUUUUUUUCGAUUUUUUUAUAAGUUUUUUUCCAUAAGCCAUACCUCACAAACAAUAUUUCCUAUUCAAAUCUUUUUGAAUAAGAACGAAAAAUGAAAAAAAAACCCUCCCUCGUAAUUUUUUUGAUAAGCCUUUUAUUUUUUUCAGAGAAAUCAGAAUAUAACUCUGAGUUCAAUUAUACUUGAAAAGCACAUGAAAAAAUGAACUAAAUUUAUAACUUUUUCAUGGGUAAAUUCAUGUCUUUUCAGUUGAUGCCCACGUUGAUGUUGACGUUCGCCGAAAGCUUUCUGAAACUCUUGAACCGAGAAUCGGCCAUGGUCUGCAUCGCCCACGCCGUCAGAUUGGUCUGUUCAUUUUCCACUUUCUUUCAGAAAAGUAGGAAAAACAUUUCGAAUUUUUAUAAUACCGAAAAUUAUCCGAAAAAAAAAUGUUACGCUCUUAAGUUCCUUGUAUGGAUGUUGAUCUUCAAGAAACUAUAUAAAGCUUUUUUUUCAUUAGAAGAUCAUCUUCUUCUCUCUACGCCUUUGUACUGCUUGAGUGCCGUCGGCGCCCCAACUCGAUUAGCUGGGGUCCCACCCUGAUAAUCAGUGGAAUGGCUCGGGUGAAAUAUUCGUCCUUGUGUGUAGUUACCCACUACCAACAUUUCUUAAACCCCUUGGUUGGGUCGGGGCGGGGAUUGAACUUGUGACCCAGUGGUCCGUAGACAGGCACACAACCUGUUGCGCUACGGCGCGCCUCUUCUAUUAGAAGACGCUUUUUAUAUAUUUAAAAUUCCAGGAUUCCUCGCCGACUUUCGCCGAACGCCUCAUGACCAAGUACAACCUGAUCAAGCCCAAGGAGUGGGAACAUUACACGACGAUCGUUCGUCAUUCAGUUAGAGAAAUAUGAGAGAUAACGGGAUUUGAAGAGAGACCAGAGCCAGCCGCUGAGCAACGCCAAAGAUCCCCGAGCCAUGAUCGAAAGGGCCAGGGCCGAGUACGACAAGGGCCGUUUCAACUCGGCCAAGAAAAUCACCGACGAGAUCUUCUCCUAUUUCGGACCCCAUAGAGUUGGUUUUAAUAAAAAAAUAACUAGAAUAACUAGUUUUCCGUGUCAUCAAAGAACUGGUUGGAAUUCAUGUUUUGAAAUAUAUUCAAAAAAAUAUAUAUCCAGGAAUGCAUGUUGCUGCGAAUUCACUGCCUUACGAUGUUGGGAGAAGGUCGGGAGCUUUUUGAACUCGCUCAUCAGCUCGUUCAGGACGAUCCCCAUGUUCCUUUGCCUUGGUAUUGGUUUUAUCUUCUGGGAUUUUAUCGAAAGUAUCUUUUAAGGUAUUGCGUCGCAUUGUACUAUUUCGCUGUUGGGCAGACGGCCCGGGCGAGGUCUUUUAUCAGUAAGUUUUGGCAAAAAAAAAAUUUGGCACUUUUCGGAGGAUAGGCCGCCAUACAUGGGAAAGUCUCGGUGGGAAAUGAGAAUGGGGGAAGGGGACUUGGCAAAAAACUUUCUGAACAUGAAGGAAGGGAGGGGGCCUUAGGAAUAGGUUCAAUAGGUUCAAGGGGGCUUGGGUGUCGCAAGUCAUGCUCAUCCCAUUUAUAUAGGCUUCACCCCGGGGUGGGGUCCACGAAUUUUUUUCGUCGCAUGAUUUUCAGAACAGUAUCGAAAAUAGAAAGGAAAAAACUCGGAAUUUCGUUGAUUUUGAUGCUCUCGAAAUCAAUCCCCUUAUAGGGGGCACUAGACCCUGACUUCUAUAAGGUUUCAGUUAGUUGCCCCUCUAGGGUUUCAGACAGUGACCCCUACAGAAUUUCAGUCAGUGACCCCCGUAAGGUUUCAGUUAGUGACCCCUAUAGGGGAACAUCUUUUUUUUCAACGAUCAGGUUUUAUUGAAAAAGUUUUUCUGACUUUCAAACCAUAAAAGUUUUUUAAAGAUACCUACAGGAACCACUUAAUCUUAAAGGGCUUAUGGAACAGAUCCUAACCCUAUAGUGACCACCCGAAUGGUAGCACUUUUUUGUCCCUUCUAGAAAACUUUCAUAUUAGUGUUAAUUUAUUUUUGUUUUUAUUUUUAUACAUCUAAAACGUUUUAUAAUUUCAGAAAUUUUCUAUUGUGGACCAAAAAAGUUUUAGGCAAAUGCACAAUGAUGGACGUGACUUUCGCCGAAGCUUGGGUCGCUUUCGGCCACAUUUUGUCCACGGAAGCUGAACACGAACAGUCCAUGAGCUGUUAUUACAGGGUAAGCAUCUCCCAAAAUUACUCUACAUGAAAAAAAGUUCCAGAAGCUUUUUCCAAAUCCUAACAAAAAAAUUUCAUAUCCCAGAAGAAAAAAAUUUUUAAAUUCACAGUUUUUUUGGUUUUUUUGUUCACAACUAUAGUCUUAAUUGAAAAAAAUUUGGCUCUGCUUUUUGAAAAAUGAGUGUAGCAUAGUUAUUUAAAAAUCUGCGCGAAGUUUCAAGAUUUCUGAACGGUUUUUCGGACGGAUUUUGAGGGUUUCCUUUGACUUCCAGAACUUUUGUCUGAUAAAUCAAAAAAUCUCCUCAUUUUCCAAGAAGUUCCAGAACAAAAAAUUGAAAUGACUAUUUGAAUUUUUCCGAAAACUUCCAAAUUUUAAAUAAAAUGAUCCUUUUUGAAAGUUUUCCUUUUCUCGCCCUUUCAAACAAAGUUUUCAAAGAGUAUUUGAAAGAGCGCUCAAGUAAAACCAAAUUUCACUCUGAAAUGACCUUUUCUCAAGAGUUUUCCUUCUCCCAGGCCUCCAAACUGAUCGACCGUUGUCCGGAGCCCUACCUCUACGUGGGACUCCAGUACAGCGCCCACAGUCAGAGACUCUGCAAGCGUUUUUUGGAAGAAGCCGAGUCCCGGGGCCAGAGAGACCCCGUCGUGAUGCAUGAGACUGCCGUCGUCGCCUACCAUCUUAAGAAAUAUGAUGGUCGGUUAUUUUUCCCGAAGUAACGCCGCGUUCAAAAUCAGCCCCUCCAAGGGCCUAAAACCUUCCUCUAUAGAGACCUCUCUGGCGUCUCUAAGUGUUUCAUAUUUUUCUGCCGUGUCAAAAAAAAACCAGAAUUAUCUCUAGUUCUCCAAAAUUUAGACAUCUUUUCCCCUCUCUGACUGUUAUCUUUCUUUCUUCAUUCUCCUCUAGGAACCUCCUCACCUCCGCUUAUAGGGGCACAAGGGGUUUUGCUUACUUGGUUAGUGGCCCCAUAUAGGGGAGCAUUUUAAUCUUCUAUUGUUAUUUUUUUAAUUCUACCUCUCGGAAAGAAGAACUUCGUUGCUAAAAUCACAAUGGAUUUUUCGUAACUGAAUGAGAAAAAAAUAAAUAUAUAAGGACAAAUUAAGGUUUAGGGACGUGAUGGUGAGACCUCUAUAGGGAUCACCUGACUUUUACCCCUGUAGGUAAAGCUAUUUUGACCCCUGUAGGGGCUUGAAGUUUUCAUUGUGUGUCGCAUAAAAUGCGUAUUUCAGUGUUCCCCAUGGAAAUCAAGCAAGUUUUUUCUUGUUUGAAAUAUUUUUGAUGAGCGUCUUUAAUGGAGGAUCAAAUUUUCUAAAAAAAAAUUUGAUAUUCAGUAGAAAUGACCAUUGAAAACACCAGAGUGGCUCUUAUAGUGGAGAAAAAGUGCUCCCUAGAUGGGUAAAAUUUAUGUGGUUCCUAUAGGGGUCCACUGUCUGACCUCCAAGUUUUUCCUUGUAAGAAAUCAAUUUCCUUUUGAAUUUUCUUAAUUUCAGAAGCCGAGGCGAAAUUUAUGGACGUUUUAUACGCCAUCACGGAAACUGAACCUAAUACGGAUAUCGAAACGGUUUUGAGAAAGUUGGUUUUUUCUAUUUUAAAUGGAAAAUUCUGUAAUUUAAAGGAAAAUCGAGCCAUUUUGGAGGGUUAUGCUGAGCAAUAUCGGACAUCUUUUGCGCAGAACCGGCAAUUACGAAAAGGCCAUCAUGUUUUUCCAGUACUUUUUGUCGUUUUAAUGAAAUUUAUAUCUUAUUUUGAUUUUAGGAGGGCGAUUUUAAUGGAUCCAAAAUUCACGGAUGCAAUCGCGGCCGUCGGAUUUUGCUACGCUUUGAUGGGCGAUGUUUCGAAAUUAAAUUAACAUUUUUCAAAAAUAAUUUUUCAGAAUGUAAAUGCGACGGAAUACUUCAACCGCGCCUUGUCUAUCAAUCCAUUCUAUGAGGUUUUUUUCAUCCAAGAAAUGGAAUUUUUAAAAAAUCCCUUAAGGAGCUCCGAUGCGUUGUGGCGAAGGUCGUGAGCUACGAGAAGAAUUUGUUCGACGUUGACGAAUCUUGCGUGAGUUUACCGUUUCAGGGAACUUAUCUUGUUCAUUUUUUGAAGUUCUGCAGCUUCUAUGGUAUGCUGGAAAAGUCGGUCGCUUUUUUAAAGUGGCCAUUUUAGGAAAAUUUCAAAUUUUUUUCGGUUCAAGUUGUUUGUGUCCAAAAUGCGUAGAAUUCUUGAUUUUGGUUAGUUUCGAAAAAUGCAAUACUGACAGCCCGAAAUAGGAAUUUUAUGUUUUUUUCAAUAAAUUUCCUCUCAACCUUUUUAAUUUGACCUGAAAUCGGGAUAUGUCGAGUGCGAAAUUGUCUUUUUUUCAAGAAUGGAGAGCCAUUUUUUUGGCGACAAAUUCAGAAAAAAAGUGGAUUUUUGAAAAUUUAAUAAACAAAUUUUUCGAACAACUGACUUUGAAACUGGUCAAUUCUUAUGAAGAAAUAGGUACUUUGAACCCGUUAAAGCCCUUAAUAAAGCCCAAAAAAACUUUUUCAAAAAUUUGAAAACUUGAAAAAUAUAGGCAAAUCGGUUUAAAAAAAAAAUGGAAAAUGUGGGAUUAAUUUCAGGACGUCUCCAAGCUUGACUUGUCCCAAGGUGUGAUGGAACACAUCAAAGCCCCACCGAAAAAGGUAUUUUUUCGAGUUUAUAGUUGCAUUUGGAAUGGCUCAAAGCUUUGCGGUUCAAAUUAGAGUUUUUUGACACCAGCCCGCGCAGGUCGUUUCUGGUCGGCGACAUUCUUGUAAACAGCGCUAUUCAACCUGUUCAUGUUGAGCCAUUAUAAAUGCUAUUUGAAACAUUUAAAUCGCGGCUAAAAUUCAACAAUACUCAGGAACGCUAGAGAGGUCCCUAGAGGGGCAAUAUUUGGGAUUUCCCUCAAGGGACCACUAUCUCGCCAUAUAUGGGCAUCAAAAAAGUGGCUCCUAGGCUUGCAAAAGCGGUUCCUAUAAACAUUUUUGUUAGUGGCCUUCUUUUUGUUAGUGGCCUUCUGUUAGUGGCAUAGGGGUGCAUUCUUUGAGCUCUAUGUGAAGAGGCGUUUCCAUGCGAAAAAUUCAAUAAAUAAGCUUUCUUUGAAUGAAAAAUUUCAACAUUUUAAUUUUCACUAACUUCGUCUUUUUAACUCCCGGAUAAGACGGAAAAUAAUUUGGAUGGACCAUUCAAUUUUUUACCCUUUAAGUAGCAUUUUUUGUCCUUUAUAGGGAAUGUUUUCCCCUAACACCUUUAGGGACCACUCUGGCGCUUCUAAAGACUCUGAUGACUCAAUAAAUAGAAAAUUUCAAAUUUUAAAUGCUAGCAACUUGUUUCAAAUCAAGGCGAAAUGACUACAAUUAAUUUCCGGAAAUGUAUUUAUAUUUGACUUAAAGAUAAACGACGCAUUUUCUGCUCCGCUGCUGCCGAUCUGUUCGAACCCCAUCAUAACACUGCCAAGCAUCAAAAGGUCUUUGAUUCCUCAAAUAAACCCCUUUUUGUAUUCAAAUAUGUCCUUUUUCCAGACCUCGAAUCGACUCUCCAGCGUCCCCAACGACUCCCAUGACAGAAUUGUAG